AUGCUUCUUGGCCCUAGAGGAACUCCACACCGAGAAAGGAUUGUUCUCACUGGCAUUGGUGCAUCAAGAGCUGGUACUGUGCGUGCCACUACUCAAGUAUCACUACAAUCAUAUAGUGACACUUCAUUUUAUCUCGAAGUUCAAGCUCCAAUUUUGCCACGUCUUACAUCACAACUUCCUUCCAGGAAGCCCACGGAUUUUGAUUCUGCUCUGUUUGCAGAUAUUAAGUUAGCAGAUUCUCAUUGGCUAGAACCAGACUCAAUUGAUAUAAUUCUAGGGGUCGAUGUCUAUGGCCAAGUCUUACGCUCAGGAUUACGCCGAUUUCCACCAACUCAAUUAAUAGCUCAAGAUACUGUGUUUGGCUGGAUCAUUUCAGGAUCACUGUUUUCGGACGCUCCAAGGUGGGCGGCGCGCACAUCAUCAACACCACUUAAAACCAUGCAUUGCGCCUUAGACGAUGGCUUGCAAGAAAUGCUUCAACGCUUUUGGGCUGUGGAAGAGGUGGCCUCGCCUAUAAAGAAACUAAACCCAGAGGAUGAAGUCUGUGAUCAACUUUACUCAGAUAAGCAUUCUCGAAACGGUGAGGGACGGUAUACAGUUCGCCUCCCUUUAAAGGCAAAACAUCCACCUUCUUUUAUCGAAACCCGGCGGGUAGCCUUAAGCUCACUCUCAAAUAUUCAUCCUCGUUUCCUCAGGGAUCCUCAGCUUGCUAAGGCUUAUCAAAACUUUAUGAAAGAAUAUGAGGAAUUAGGUCACACCCACUCAGUGGAAAUUUCGCGUGGUCUUCGACGCAUCACGACAAACCUCUGA